GCCUCCCCGGCAGCAGCAUCAGCAUCAUCAGGACCAGGAGCACUGAGGGAAGAGAAGGAUGGAGCCGCUGUCCAGCAGCAGCAGCCGGAGCCGGAGGCAUGGCCAGCCCCGGGCCCCCCGAGCCGCCUCUUCCGGGGCCCCUGAGGGACGCAGGAAGAUGGAGUCAAGCCCCCGUGCCAAUGUGGACCAAGGCCCGACCUCCCCCGUUGGCUCCCAGCCUGUCUCGCCGCGGGGCAGCCUCACUGGUUUGACAUCACCGGUGCUCUUCUCACCUGGCUCCAACCAGUUCUCCUCAGAUGGCCGCUUCCAGCCAGAGGGCACAAACCAGGCUCUGUAUCCCGGGGGCUCUGUGUCCAGUGUCGCUCGGCCCGAUUCCCUCUUCGAUGCUUUCCACUCACGGGCACAGCCAGAAGGCUCACACCAGGAGCGCUCCCCAGGUCGCGCCAACCCGCCACUUUCUUUGGACAUCAGCCGGACACCGCCUGAGGGUGCCACCCCGGCCUAUAGCACUCCGACCUUGCGCUCGCCCGUAGAGCUGCGCCCUUUGUCCCCGGCUUCGGGCAGCUCAUCCCUCUCCUCCAUGAAACUCAGCCAGUCGCCCAGCCGGGGCAUGCUGCCUGAGCUGUGCUCCUUGGAGCCGGUUUCCUCUGGCAUCCCAGCCUCAGAACUCAAAGACACACUGCCCAAAGCUGAGUCCAGUGACCACAUCUGCCUGAGCCGCUCGGCCUCGGCCCAGCGCCCACCCUCCUUGCCCAAAGCCGUCUCCAGUGAGUACCUUUGUACUGGGCGCCCGGCCACCUCCAAGGCCUCCUUGCUAACCAAAGCUGAGUCGGAGGAAGUGGUGUCCUGUGCCCGCGUGCGCCACUCGCCCAAGUCCCAGGACCUCAGCAGCAGCUUUCAGCACAGCAAAGAGCGCUUCCUGGUGCCCCUUGGUAAGGCCCAGGCCAAGCCAGAGGAUGAGUUUCGGAUCACUGUGGUCUCCUGGAACGUUGGGACUGCCAUGCCCCCUGGUGACGUGACCUCCCUCCUCCAUCUCAACACGGGGGACUCCAACGACACGGACAUGAUUGCCAUUGGGCUGCAAGAGGUGAACUCCAUGAUCAACAAGCGGCUGAAGGAUGCCCUCUUCACCGACCAGUGGAGCGAGCUCUUCAUGGAGGUCCUGAGCCCCUUUAACUUUGUCCUGGUGAGCACGGUGCGGAUGCAAGGGGUCAUCCUGAUGGUCUUUUCCAAGUAUUACCACCUGCCCUUCUUGCAUGACAUCCAGACCGACUGCACCAGGACUGGACUUGGCGGGUACUGGGGUAACAAGGGCGGGGUGAGCGUGCGCCUGGCAAUCUUUGGGCACAUGGUAUGUUUCCUCAACUGCCAUCUUCCGGCCCACAUGGAGAAGGCUGAGCAACGCCGGGAGGACUUCACCACCAUCCUCCACCUCCAGCAGUUUGAGGGGCCCUCAGCCACCGGCAUCCUGGACCACGACCUCGUCUUUUGGUUCGGGGACCUCAAUUUCCGCAUCGAGAGCUUGGACAUCCGCUUUGUGAAGUACGCCAUUGACAGCAACAUGUUGCAUCAGCUUUGGGAGAAGGACCAGCUGAACAUUGCGAAAAGCACUUGGCCCAUCUUGAAAGGUUUCCAAGAAGGACCCCUGAAUUUCCCCCCGACCUUCAAAUUUGACGUGGGCACCAACAUGUACGAUACUAGCGCCAAGAAGCGGAAGCCGGCCUGGACGGACCGCAUCCUGUGGAAGAUCAAGGCCUCAGCUGGCUCCAGCACCCACCACUCGGGGAGGUCCACCUGCGGGGUUUUGGGUGUCACCCAGCUCUGCUAUUGCAGCCACAUGGAAUAUACUGUCAGCGACCACAAGCCCGUGGUCUCCAUCUUUGCUGUCCAGUUUGCUUCCAGAGCCGAGGUACCGCUGGUGGAGAUCCAAGUGGCUGACGAAUGGACGAAGCCGGAGCAAGCGGUGAUCCGGUACAAGGUUUCGACCACUUAUCACCGCAGCUCCUGGGACUGGAUCGCCCUUUAUCGAGUGGGCUUCCGGCAUUAUAAGGACUAUGUUGCCUAUGUCUGGGCCAAGCAGGAAGACAUGGAAAGCAACAUCUUCCAGUUACUCUUCCCGGAGGAGUCCCUGCCCAAAGGGAAAGGCGACUACAUCUUGGGCUACUACAGCAACAACUACAGCUGCAUGGUGGGGGUGACCGAGCCCUUCCAGAUUUCGAUGCCCUCACUGGACCCGGGCAGCAGCAGCCCACCAGACAGUUCGAGCUCGACAUCGGAGGAGGAAGAGGAUGACAGCACCCUGGUGCUCCUGGGCCCCAAGUCCCGCAGCCCUAGUCCAGGCAAGAUGAGCCGCCACCGCAGCCGCAGCCCCAGCCUUGCCAAAUUCCAGGGCCUGAUUCUGCGCCCUGCCAGCCGGGAGAAGGGCGCCAGCCGCAGCCCCUCACCUCAGGCCCGCCGCCGGAGCAGUGCCACCCGCCUCAAGGGUGAGAUCCCCAGCAUCCAGUUCUCCAAGGACAGCCCCCGGCAUCAGCGGCGCCGGCGAUCCAAAUCCCCAGCGGGCACCACCACUGCCUGGCACUUUGAGGACAGCCCCUUGGCCCGGGCCGACCCCCGCAACCUGGGCCUGCUGCCGGCUGUACGGCUGGAGACCCUCGACCAGGUCAUGAGCACCCACCAUCUCCAGCACCGCCGGGAGAGUGCCGAGCAGGCCUUGCCCGCCCGCCGGAUGAGCCCCACCAGCCCCACCUCCAGCUUGGCAGCGCUCUUUGGCAGCUCACCCCAGGAAGCUGGGUCCCAGAGCCCCCAAGGCUGGGACCCCAUGGGAUUCUAAAGGGGUGGCAAACCCAUCGUCCAACCCUUCUAAUGCUUGCAGUGUUCCCCGCCAACCUUGCCCUUUCCCUGCUCAGUCGCGUGCCUCUUUCUCAAUCUCUCUCACCCGCUGCCGGUGGGCGAGGGCUGCCACCACCUGCCUGGCCAACUGCCCAACUUGCCUACCAGAUCUCCUCUGCCCAGAAGUCCUCCUUACCCACCAUCCCCUCAAGUGCCACCUGCCUAUCCUUUUGGGUUGAAAGAGUGGCAAAAGGCAUCCCCUCCUCCAGAAAGAUAAGGAAGAGCUGCCGAAAAUAAGAAAUAAGAAAAUUACCAAAGGACAGCAGAAAAGGCCACAAGGGGAUGUCAGUCAUUUCUACUUGGCGUGAAAGCUUUGAAUGGGAGGCAGGGAGAUGGGCAUGAUUUGGAGGCGGGAAGGCCCAAUUUUGAUGGCAAGAGGACAAUGCAGCAGCUGGGGCAAGGGUGGCACAGCUGUGUUGCUCUGGAGCGGGUGCAACAGCACUUCCCAGAGGGAGGCUGGCAGAUGUCACAGGCAGCAUGCCGAGGGUGGCAAAGGGCUGGUUCCUGCUAAAGCAGAGUGUCAGAGGAGAGUUGGAGAGGAAGCCGGGGGUCAAACCUUUGCCAAGGUGCCUUGGAAUGGAGGAGGAGGAGGAAGAAAGCUACCAAGGGGAUUCUGGGGGGAAGGGAAGGAGGGGGGCUGGUCUCCCCAAACUGACAGAUCCUCGACCUUCGCUGGGACGAGUUCAGAGUUGAUGCAAUCUGUCCAACCUCUUUCCCCUCCUGUCCUAAUAAAACAUCAACAAAC